AUGGAUCAACUCAUCUCCGAGCGGCUCUUGAACCCAACGAUGCCGAGUUGGUUCCUCACCAAGGCGUCGGACGAUCUAAAGCAUAUGAAUAGAGAGCAAAUCAUCCAACAUAUUCACAAAAUCGCGUCUGAGAACCCAGGAAUCUUCGUAGAGACCGAGUGGGAGUGCUCCAAUGCCGGAGAGCACUAUCGAAAGGGAGAAUGGCUCAACGACAGAGAAAGAUGGUCAGAUGCUGCGUAUUUAGGUGAUUGGGACAAGAUAUUAAAGAUUGUGGUGGAAGUACCAAAUUCAAUGGGGAGAUAUGCAAAUAUACGAAGGCUGUACAAGGAAUCCGACCUGCUCAGCAAUACAAAGACUCCAUCAGGAUACACUGUACUCCAUCAAGCUGCGUAUCAUAACGCGCCAGAGGACGUUGUCUCCGCUCUCGUUGCGCUUGGCUGCUGGCAACAUUUGCAUACAACUGAUGGGAAAUACCAGAAACCAGUGGACAUUGCACGCGAAAGGGGUUUUCUCUCGCUCGUGCCACUCCUCAAGCCGUCUGUGGACCUACUACCACACAUAACCGACGACGACCUCGAGAAGAUUCAAGCACAUUUUAGAGAGAUUGUGAUCAAAGAGUCGGUUGGGUGCUUCAAGCCAGAGACGAUGAGCAUCGUCGACUUGAGUAUUCUCCGCGAAGUGGACAAAAUCUGGAUGCCAGUCGGUGGCAUGUACGGCGGGUUUAACAUCGAGUUUGAAGGAGACCACCUCGUCUCCAGGUCUUUCUGCAGAGUCGUCGGGGGAAGUGGCAUGACUUACCACAUCACGGCUUCAGGAGCCACUCUUGUAGAUUCUGGGUGGGGAUAA